CAUCCACUCAGGAGUCAACAGGCAGGAGGGUCUCGACAUUCUGCAGAGACUAUGUAGUCUCAGCACGGUAAUCACUCACACACACACACACACACACGCACACACACACACACACACACACACACAGUCAGACAGACAUAGCAGACAUAGCUUUCUUAAAUCCAGCGUGGCUGAUCAACAGAAUAUUUUUGGCCCUCCUAAAGGUCAAGGUCAAAGACAUAUGUACAUGUACAUACAUAUGUUGUUGAUUAUUUUGACAGUGCAUUUAAGAAAUUAAUCACAUUAUUCACACAAGGCUGAAUUACAUACAAUGCAACUUACAUUUUAAACUUCCGAUUAGUUAUCACUUGCAGUUUUUGGCAAAACAUUCACUGCUCUUGAUAAACUUGGACCUAUGGCUUAAAAUGUGAGGAAUUUCCAUCUUUCAUCACCGAAACCACCCACACAAAUGAAAUACAUUGAAUAAAACUAGAAAUGUGUUAUUUACCACUUGAGAAGACAGUUCAAUAGUAGAGAUCUAGACAUGUAAAGCCAUUGGGCUAGUGAAGCUAUGUUUAGUACCAUCAUAGUUGCUGGUGCCUUUAAGAGAAGGGUGAGUGGAGACCAGCAACAUGAGGCGGGCACAAGAAAGUCUAAUGUGACUUUGCAAAUAGAAACCAAAGUAGUAGAGCCACUGUGUCAGGGAACACAAGCACUCUUGUGUAGACUCCUUUCCUCUCCGUGCUACACCACGUAAAGCGAGAAAUGGCUGCUGUUGGCAGUGUGCUGACUGAGGAGCAGCUUCUUUGCCCCAUCUGUCUGGAUUUGUUCAACCAACCAGUCUCUACUCCUUGUGGGCACAACUUCUGCAGGGACUGCAUACAAGGAUACUGGCAGAGUGCUAAUCUGUCACAGUGCCCCAUGUGCAAGCAGAAGUUCUACAGGAGGCCUGAGCUCAAAGUUAACACCUUCAUAUCUGAGGUGGUUUCCCAGUUCAAGAAUUCAUUGGAAAAGAAAGACGAAGAAAAAGUCCGUACCGUGGACCAGUAUUCAAGCCAUAAAGGAGAAGUUUCAUGCGAUGUGUGCGUUGGAAAAGGAAUCAAGGCUCUUAAAUCAUGCCUGGACUGCUGUGCCUCCUUCUGUGAGACUCACCUGGAGCCCCAUCAUGUCCUAAACACCUUUAAGAAACAUCACCUGAUCAACCCCAUAAUGAACAUGCAAGACAGAGUGUGUAAGAAGCAUGCAAAACUGCUGGACCUGUUCUGUAACACUGACCAGACUUAUGUGUGCCAGAUCUGUAUUAAGAGAGACCACAGUGCUCAUCACACUGUACCUAUAGAGGAUGAGAGCAGUGACAGGAGAGCUCAAAUCGGAAGGAUAAAUGCAGAAGUGGAAGAAAUGAUUAAUGUCCGACAUGAGAAAAUCAGCGACAUCAAUCAAACUGUUCAGCUCAGCAGAGGAAACACAGAAAGAGAGAUUGAAGAGAGUAUGCAAGUCUUCAACAAUCUGCUCCACUUUAUCCAGAAAGGUCAAGCUGAAGUGGUGGAGGUGAUUGGUGCAAACCAGAAGCAAAUUGAAGGCAAUGCCAGAGGACUCAUCAUGGAGCUGGAGCGGGAGAUCAAUGAGCUGAGACGGAGAAACGCUGAGCUGGAGCAGCUCUCACACACCAAAGACGACUUCUUUCUUAUCCAAAGCUUUCCAGCUGUCUCCACACUGCCAGCCAUCAAAGACUGGUCUGCUACCUGUGUAGAGAGUGCUGUGUAUGUGGGCACGGUCAGGAGAGCAGUCAGGAGAGUAGCGUGUCAGCUGGAGGAGACAGUAAAGGCUGAGGUGAAGAGGCUAUGUGAGACCGAAUUUCAGAGGGCUCAGCAGUGUGCUGUGGAUGUGACUCUGGACCCUGAUACAGCUCAUCCCAAACUGGUGCUGUCUGAAAACAAGAAACAGGUGUUUCACUGUGAUGUAGCGCUGAGCCUCCCGGACAAUCCGGAGAGAUUUUACCCUGGGGUCAGUGUUUUGGGAAAGGAGGGUUUCUCCUCACGCAGGUUGUACUACGAAGUCCAGGUGAAAGGCAAGACACAGUGGGAUAUUGGAGUUGGGCUUCAAUCCGUCAACAGAAAAGGAGGGAAUAUAGUUAACCCUGAGACAGGCUACUGGGCCCUGGGGAUGAGGAAAGACAAGAGCUACUGGGCCCUCAGCAGCACUCCUAUCCAUGUGCCUUUGGUCGGGAAGCCCCAGAGAGUCGGGGUGUAUGUGGAUCUGGAGUGGGGGCAGGUUUCUUUUUAUGACGCAGAAUCUGCUUCUCAUAUCUACUCAUUCACUGGAUACUCAUUCAAUGAAAGACUUUUCCCCUACUUUAACCCUCGGCGUAAUCAUGGCGGAGUCAACUCUGCUCCUCUGAUCAUCUUGCCUGUCAACGUCUGAAAUCUGACAUUUCAUCUCUUCGUGUUGCUUUCAACUGUUUUUUUUUAAUCAUCUCCAAUUUUCAAAUGAAAGAUAGCAAAGGUCCAGCAUGUUAAUUGCUGUUCUGUUUGCCUUAAUAAAGUGUGUUAAUUCAUCUGAAUCCUGUGUACUUCUUUUUGUUGCUUUUACAUCACAUUUACAAAAUGGAGGGUUCAGAACAUAUAAAAACAGUAAUCAAAUAAUGCACAUGUAUAUCAGCUACACACCUGUAAUAUUUGGAUUGGAUUUUGAGGAGUUUGCGUUUGCAUGUGUGUGCAGAUGGCAGUGGAGUUCCCAAGGCGAUCUCUCUCCCCAGUGUUGAAUGCUGUGGUGUGGACGCUGCUCUC